AGUACCUAACAACACUGUGGUUACCAUAGUUUCUUAGCUUCAUUAGUUACGAGCCUCAAGAGACGAGGUUUAAAAAAUGCGUUCUUUCAAACAUCGACACAUUUGUAGCUUGGUCGAUGGUAUUUUAGUGUUUUAUGUGUUUACUGAAAGUUACUUUUAGUGAUUUCUGGUUUGAUAAGAGCUCGCGGAUAUUUUAACCAAAGUGCGGAUUCUAACAAUAAAAUACAAACUGUUUAAUAUGAGAAGGAUUACAGUUGUAGCUAUAAAAUUUGUUUGUUUUUAAAGUUUUGAUAAGUUUUUGUGUAAUAUCUCUUAACCAAUUUAUCACGGACGAAAUGGAUCAAAGCACGGAUGAGGAAUUAAAAAUUGUUGUUAGGAAAAAUGUUUAUUAUGUUUCUAAGAAGUUCAUCUGUUCAGUUGUGCCAUAUUUUGAAAAAAUAUUUUGUGAUGAUUUGUUGAAACCAAAGGAAAACAAAGUGGAACUAGAUUUUGAUGAACAUAACUUCGAUUCUGUCCUCAAUUGGAUUCAUUGUGGGUCUUUUUUAAUUCAACUGGAGGACGUUAUCGAUAUCUUCGAAGUAGCUGAUCAUUUGAUGAUAAGUGACCGUUUGUUUAAACCAUGUCUUAAAUAUUUCCAGGACAAUUUUAACAUUGAACAUAUUCCACUUUUUCUAAGCAAAGUUACAAAAACUACUAAGUUGAUCAAUUUACAAGUUAUUGACAACUUUAUUUGUCGCCAUUUCUUGCUGAUCGCCAAUACAAAUAUCUUCUUGCAAUAUCCAGUUGAAACAGUUGAACAUAUUCUCAAAUUAGAUUUAAUGAUUUACUCUGAAUACCAAGUUUUUGAAGCAAUCAUAAGAUGGGUGAAUAAAAGGACUGGAUCUAGAAAACGAUUACUUCCAAGGCUAUUAAAUUGUGUACGCUGGUCUUUCAUGGAUCCUGUUGAUGUAACUAAAAUAAAGAAUGCCAAGUUAAUCAAAGGCUUGUCAAAUCUUGAUUCAAUUAUCUCUCCUGAUUGUGAAUAUGGAUUCAAUCGUAGUAAACAAAACUUCUUCAUCUCUAUUGACCGAAUUGAUGAUUCAAAUUUAACAAUAAAUGUGUUUGAUACUGAAUUAUUUCGUUUGCCGAUCGGUGCUUUUACUCAAGAUGACUCAAUAUCACUUGGAUUUAUUCCUAGAGAAAACAUUUCAGAUAUUGUAUUUGAUUCUGGACGAAAAGGUAUCCGAAUAGAUUGGAGUAAAAAGACAUUUCGAUGGCUUGAUAUGGAAGGCGAUAAUGAAAACCGCUAUAAUCAAUUGACCAAUAUCAUCGUUAAGUUUUUGACGCAAUCAGGAUUCCGAAAAUAUGAUUUUUCUUUAAAAUUGCAACUUCUACAAAAUUUAAACUCCUUGGCCUGCUAUUUGGAAGAAAAAGAUACUAAACCGAAUUUAUAUUCUACCCAUGGUGUGUUUCUUGAAUCUGUUAACAAAUAUAUUGCGAUUGGUAAAACUGAAGACGAGAAAAAGUGGUGCGGUCAUUUCCCAGUUGUACCUCCAGAUUGGUGCUAUUUCGACAAAAAACCUGAUCAAUCUUUCCAUGCCACUAUUUUGGAUAAAGUUGUUUAUAUAUUGACGGAGGAACUCGAAUUUAUUCAAUUCAACCACGAAACUCGAAGCUUCAAUAAGAGUUAUCCUUUCAAAGGGCAAAAAUGGAGUUUCAAUGAUUUAAUCUUAACUUCUCAACAAUCAAAGGACGACAAAGUUAUUUUGGUCAAUAAAUCAUCAGGAAAAAUUCAUGUUUACCUCAUUAAUCAGGAGAAAUGGAUUGAAAAGUAUCGAAUCAUGAAUGUAAAUUUUUAUUCUGACAGUUCUAAUGCUCCUGCCAAUCAGCUAAUUGCCUUCGCCUCAACAUUUUUACAGACAAAAUAUAUCAAACCAUUGUAUAAAAGAAAGUUUUGUGACCUUUGAAA